GUUUCCUCUUCAGAAAGCCAAGAAGACACUUGAAAAUGCAGCCAUCAUCUCCAGCAUCGUUAGAACUCAUGAUUUCUUCUUAGAACCCGAAAACAAAAAGCACCCAUUACCCAUCUGCUCCAAAAGUUCAGAUCUUUACCUCCAGUUUCUCUGAAGAAUCUUUAUGCAAAAUGAAUGUAUCAGACUUAGUUUCUUGUUUUAGCGAGAACGCAGUGAAUGUAUCACAUUCCUCAUGUUCUAGCUACUCAAACAACGCUUGCAUCUCUCCCAACCUUGCACCUUCAAUUCAGAAUUCAGUCUCUUCUGUCUACAAAACAAUCAUCUCCAACCAAAAGCAGCUUUUGAUCACAGUAACUUGGUGUAAGAGUCACUCCAAUCAAGGACUCACCAUAAGCUUUGGCGAUGAAGAACCAGUAGCAGCAGCUUUCAGACUCAACACCAAUUCACGGUUUUUCAGAAAGAAGAAAGGAAGCAAAUUGCUGGAAUCUGAUGAGUCAAAGGUUGAAGUCUUCUGGGAUCUUUCAAAUGCCAAGUAUGACACUGGUCCUGAACCUGUUGAUGGGUUUUAUGUUGCAAUUCUCGUUGAUGCAGAACUAGGUCUGAUUCUUGGUGACAUGGCUGAAGAAGCUGUGACCAAGAAGCUAAAAACUAGAACCCUUUUGGCUAAAGUAUCACUGUUAUCACGACGAGAGCAUUGUUCAGGAAAUACCCUUUACACAACUAAGGCUCAGUUCUGUGACACUGGCACUUUGCACGACAUUUUGAUCAGAUGCAGUGGAGAAAAUGAAGGGUUGAAGUCUCCUGUUCUGUCGGUUUGUAUUGAUAAGAAGACAGUGAUUCGUGUGAAGAGGCUGCAAUGGAACUUCAGGGGUAACCAGACAAUUUUUGUUGAUGGGUUGCUGGUUGAUUUGCUGUGGGAUGUUCAUAACUGGUUUUUCAACCCUGCUUCUGGGUAUGCAGUGUUCAUGUUCAGGACAAGGAGCGGUUUGGAUAGCAGGUUGUGGUUAGAGGAGAAGAGCACACUGAAAGAUAAAGAUAGAGUUGAAUUUUCCUUGUUGAUCUAUGCCUGUAAGAGCAGAUAAGGGAACUUGUUCAUCUUAGU